ACAAUAACUUUUCCAAGUCUUCGGUUCGAUUCGAUUCUUCAAAGAGUACCUGCGGCCUAGGCCUCUGUUCAUUCGACUUUUCUUUUUCGUUAUUUAUUUAUCCUCCUCGCCCUCCCAUUCCACCACCACCACCACCACCACCACCACCAACCCCACCCCACCUCCACCCCCACCCCCACCCCUACCCGGGUCACCUCCAAUCAACAUACUCUAAUCCUUCCCAAAUUCUCAAACAUUCGAAAUGGGGAAACCAAAUUAGGAAGCAUUCAAGCAUAUUAUCAUCGAUUAGGACCCACCAGUGCCAGAAGAAUCAUGCUUAUGCCCCAACCAUCAUCUAUAGUGACGGGAAAUUCAGUGAAAAAUUAAAUUAGGGCCGAUUGGGUCUGGUAUGAGCGUACCCUAAAUAAUCAUAUUAAGGGCUUGGCAAUCAUCUUCAAUGGCAUUGUGUCUUUAGCCCUGGUGGGAGGCUAAAAUUGUUAGUUUUCUUUAUAUUUGAGCGUUUGGAUUUGAACUUUUUAUAGGGAUUGAUUUAUUACGUAGAAAUGGAUGCCAAGAUCGCAAAGGUAUUGGAUAGUAGUAGUCGUAGAAUUAUGCUCGAUCUGAAGAGAAAACGAGCAUCCCGUUAUGCGGCAUAUUUUGCUGAAGCUUCCCGCACUAUGUCACCUGAGUGGCCAGCAGUAAAUUUUUCAACCCAUAAGUCUGGGAAACGGAGGAGACUAGGUGGAAGCCGAAGCAAUCUUGUGGGCUGUGGGUAUUGUUUUAGAAGAUCUUUGCUCCGGUGUUAUUCAAAUUUUAUGAAGACUGGGGUGCCACAACGUCUAAUGUUUUAUCAGAAUGGUGAAUGGACUGAUUUUUCUCAGGAUCUAGUUGCUUUGGUUAGGAAGGAUCUUCAAGAGAAAAAACCAGCUAUAGAGGUUGAGUUAGAGGGUCAUCUCUAUGUGUUAGAUCUCUUGCAUAUGUUUCGAGUUGACAUGAAGACAGGUUUUCAGCAACCGAUUGCUUGGAUUGAUGAAGAAGGUGGCUGCUUCUUUCCGGAAAUUUAUAUUGAUAAUGAGGAGCCACAUGAGUGCUGCCAUCAUAACUGUGUGAAUGACCAAGGGCCUAUGUUUAGAGAGUCUAAUGGGCCUCAUGAGAUAAAACUGAAGCUGGAAAUUGACAUAAAUGGAGUGGAUCAUCAUCAAUCUAAGUUAGAGUGUAGUGGAGUUUUGAAUGCUUUUGUCAAGCAUAUUGAAAUUGCUCAAAAUUCUACGAGUGUGAAUGUUGUAGAAGUUGAGGAUAGUUGCAACAGGAAGCCUGAUGCAAAAAUUAAGGAAGGUUUUGAGGAAAAUCAGCAUAUUAAAGAACAUGUAUUCACUGGAAUUGAAUCUGUUAAUGAAAAAUUGGAUUCUGAUACUGUCCGGAAUAUGUUUCUUACAGGCAUGAAGCCUUUUAGUGGUGCUGCCGUACUUGAUAUUUUUCGCUGCUCUAGUAAUACAAUGCAAGCCCGAUUGGAGAUUUUCCAGAAGCAGAUUGAACUAACAAAAAGGUGUCGUGGUGAUGCAAAUGUUCGAUAUGCUUGGCUUGCUUCGUCUAAAGGAUUACUAUCUACAAUUAUGUUGUAUGGACUUGGACAUUGUGGACCAUCCACAACUAAGUCUAAAUAUGGCAUUGGUGUUCAUCUCUUCGCAGCAAACUGCUGUCAAGCCAGUGCAAAAUUUUGUGAUGUUGACGAAAAUGGAGUACAACAUAUGUUAUUUUGUCGUGUGAUAAUGGGAAAAAUGGAGCUUGUUCAGCCUGGGAGUCAACAGUGUCACCCCAGUAGUGAGAAUUUUGAUAGUGGUGUCGAUGAUCUUCAAAAUCCAAGACAGUAUAUAGUGUGGAAUAUGAAUAUGAAUUCCCAUAUUUACCCAGAAUUUGUUGUUAGUUUCAUGGUCUCUUCCAAUGUUGAAGCAGGGAACUUUGCAGGAAAUGAGAUGAAAAAUGCUGUUUCCCGCAUCACAUUUUCACAAGGUGCUCAGUGGAUUUUGCCAAUCGAGUCUUCUACUGUUGGUCUAAACCUGCCUUUAGAAUCUCCUAAAGUUGAUUUGAAUCUACAAAUGGAAUCUCCUGCGACUGGUCUGGGAAGUGAAGGCCAACCAAAAUCUGGGGGAUCUCUUGGAAAAGCUUCAAGUCUUGGUUCAAGCAGCACAAGAACUCCUAGAUCCCCUUGGAUGCCUUUCCCCAUGUUGUUUUCUGCAAUCGCAAAUAAAGUUCCUCGCAAGGAAAUGGAAUGUAUAAAUACUCAUUAUGAACUAUUCCAGGCAAAGAAGAUAAGCAGGGGAGAUUUCAUCAAAAGGUUGAGAUUGAUUGUUGGAGAUGCUUUACUGAAGUCGACGAUCACAAGUCUUCAAUGCAAGGUACCAUUGAAGUAUAUGGUUGGAAACACCUAAGUCAACUGUAGAAGAUUGAAGUGGCCUUUGAUUCAAAGUGGUCAUGGUCCAUUGAUCUGUUGUGUUGGAAUUUUAGGUCAAGCUUGCCUGUGUGCUUGAACGUGUCGACAUGAAGUUGUGAAUAAUAUGCAACACUGUUUAGGUUUAGUAAUAUUGUGACACAACUAGGUUUCUUCUAUUAUCUUUGUUACUUAAAGGGUUAUUGUAACUUCUUGAACUGAAA